CCUAAUAUUGAAGGUUUAAAAGAAUUUGGAGGUGAAGUGAUUCAUGCUUGUGAUUAUAAGACUGGUGAGAAGUUUAUUGGGAAAAAAGUUCUUGUUGUUGGAUGUGGGAAUUCUGGCAUGGAAGUUUCACUUGAUCUUUGUAACCAUAAUGCUCAACCAUCAAUGGUUUGUCGUAGCUCGGUUCAUGUUUUACCAAGAGAAAUCUUUGGAAAAUCAACAUUUGAGCUAGCUAUGUUCAUGAUGAAAUGGCUACCACUUUGGUUAGUUGAUAAAAUUGUACUCAUUUUGACAUGGUUUAUUCUUGGAAAUAUUGAGAAAUUUGGACUAAAAAGGCCAUCAAUUGGUCCUUUGGAACUAAAGAAUACACAAGGGAAAACUCCUGUUUUGGACACUGGUGCAUUGGAAAAGAUUAAAUCAAGAAAAAUUAAUGUUGUCCCUGGAAUCAAGAAGUUUUCAUGUGGAACUGUUGAACUUGUCAAUGGUGAAAAACUUGAAAUUGAUUCUGUUGUUUUGGCUACUGGUUAUUGCAGCAAUGUCCCUUAUUGGCUACAGGAAAGUGAAUUUUUUUCCAAUAAUGGAUUCCCAAAAGCACCAUUCCCAAAUAGUUGGAAAGGAAAAUCUGGACUAUAUGCAGUUGGUUUCUCAAGGAGAGGGCUAGCUGGUGCUUCUGCUGAUGCUAUUAAAAUUGCACAAGAUAUUGGCAAAGUUUACAAACAAGAUCUUAAGCAAAAAAAGCAAAAAUUUCCCACACAUAGAGGAUGCAUCUCUACCUUUUGAUUCAAUCAAAUCAAUAUACUUGGCAACUUUAUGCACAUGACAUCCCACGUUCAUGCUGCAAUGUUCGUGAAAGAAUCGUAUCCCAAAGGAUGUGAUGUAGCCUACAUUAAUGUUUACUUUCUCGGUUUGAACGCGUAAAAAAAGUGUAAUUAGCCCUCUCCACAAAAAGUCCAAGUUUUGGUACAGUUUGGGCAUUUUGUAUUGAUAGCAACCGGUCCAGUAGAAAGUUCAGUACUGCAUAAGUUAUCGGAUCCUCAAA